AGGCGGGGUCACGUGACGGAGCGACGCCUCGCGCUGCGGCGGUCAGCGAGUGCAAGUGUGCGAUAUCAGCGGCAGCGGCUCUGUCUGGAGCUCACACUGUAAAUUACAGAAGCCCCCUCCUCUGGAAGACGGUGUUUCUCCCAUUAUGGGCGACAAGAAAAGCCCAUCAAGGCCAAAAAGACAAGCCAAGCCCUCUGCAGACAACGGAUUUUGGGACUGUAGCGUCUGCACCUUCAAAAACAGUGCAGAGGCAUUCAAAUGCAGUAUAUGUGAUGUGCGGAAAGGUACAUCUACAAGGAAACCUAGGAUAAACUCUCAACUCGUGGCACAGCAGGUUGCUCAGCAGUACGCCGCUCCACCCCCAGCCAAAAAAGAAAGGAGAGAGAGGUCAGACAGAGACCUGCCCGACGACGACCACUUCGACAUGGACAACUCUGACUCGGAUAGACUCAGCAGUCUCCACCCUGACUCUGACCAUCCGGAGAGAUUAGGUCUGGAUGGAGGUCAGCCGGACAGAGGACAUUCUCCGAAGGAGCGGAGACCGGAGCGCGUUCCGGAGAAACACCAGCAGAUCGAUGCAGACAGGAGGCCCGAGAGAUCGGAGCUGACCCAGGAUCUGCUCCAUCUCAACAGAACGGACGGAGAUCACACGGACAGAGGAGCGCUGGAAAAACUUCAGCCUCACAGGGAACACAUGGACAAAGAGCAUCCGAUUCCGCACACAGCAAGCUCCGGGAUGCAGCCGGCAGAGAGGAUGGGCGCAGAGAGAGAGGAGCUCAAAAAGGGAAAGAUAGAACGAGCCAUAAUGGAAAAACACAAGGAGAGACACAAAAGCCUCACACCCAGUAAAAAACCCACCGCCAAGAAGAUAAAGCCCAAACUCGUUCAUAAAGGUCCAACUGGUGAAAGUAACGGCGUGAAAUCUGGCAAGUCAGUGACGAAGAAUAACAAAUCUAUAAUUUCACGACCUAAACUGAAGAACAUAGACAGAAGCUCCGCCCAGCAGCUCGCUAUAACAGUGGGAAAUGUGACUGUCAUCAUCACAGACUUUAAGGAGAAGGCUCGCUCCUCCUCCACCUCCUCAUCUACUGUCACCUCCAGUGCUGGCUCGGAGCAGCAGCACCUGAGCUCCAGCUCGGAGAGCACGGACAAGGGCUCCUCCCGCGCCUCCACCCCAAGGAGAGACCACUCGUCUGGGCAUAACGAGACCCUGUGAAGGUCAAGGAGAUUUAGACACCGGAGCUCCUACAUCCACACUUGUAACUGUUAUAGUCACCUUAUGUGGAGGAGGGAUCUUUCCAACCCAUCUAGACAUUGCCCAUCAUGACACACAGGCGGACAUUACCUGUUUGAAACCCUCGUGGAGCACCCUGUAGAUCGAUGUGUUGAUGUUGGUGCGAGUCACGCCGAGACCCAAUGUAUAUUCUGUGCCCUAUUCUUACCAGAUAUUAACCCUGUUUGUGCGUCACAGAAACGAGCGCUCCAAGUUUGCAUUAUUAUUGUUCAUUGUCAUGAAAUUGUGCAGACGGUUUUGACUUUGUGUUUAGAAUUUAGGAUCGUUUACGCUAAAUGUAUCAGCUUCUUUCUCCAUCCUCAAACUCAAAGUCAAUUGCAGCUGUUUGUAGAAAGUGAGCUAUCGAUGAGAAGAUCAUGCUGUGCCACCUCGUGAAGGGAGAUUUGUUCCCUUAAUAUUUCAUAUGACAAACUCUUUUGUGUGUUUACAUGGUGGAAACACAAACUGUGAUUAUGUGAGUUUACAGUAUUAUAAAUACAUGGCCAACUUUGAAAUCCAUACAGUGUACCAUGUAGACAUGUUUUGUGGUUCACAAGAUGAUAAGAGAGAAUUUAGAAUAUUGAUCUUUAUCUUUCUCUGUUUUUAGACUUUAAACCUUUGCAUAUUUCUUGUUAAAGUAUAUCGGGAUUCACAGGACUGUCAGUUAUUAGUUAAUGGGAACAAUAUAACAAGAAUCCUGCAGUUGUUAGAAUAUGAAGCAGUUUAUCGGUGACAUUUUGAAGGAUUUAUACUAUGGUCUAUUUAAUGAAGAUCUCUGCUGAAAAUGGUCAUCACUAACAACAGUAAAAUCAGAUUGCAAUACAUAUAAUGAGAGAGAUGUAGUAUUCUGUACUACUUUUAGUAGAUAUGUUUUCUGACAGUUGCAUUUGAAUCAUUGUACAAUUGGCUUUCUCUGCCCAUAAGAAACAUUUAGCACAGAUUUACACACCCAUCAUGACCUUUGUUGAAAAUCUAGAAGCUUACGAAGCAAAUAAAAAUCUUCUUAAACUUACAA